UGUCACCCAAAUAAAGAAUUAGUGAAUUAAAAAAGCCUUUAUUUCAAAAAUCUAUUUUCUCCAACACCGGGAAGGAGUCGAUCAUCUUCUCCAAUUCAGCAUCAUUGAAUUCGUUUCUCUUUCCUUUUGAUCUUUCAACCCUAAAUUCCCAAAUUUCUGAAUCAAUUUUUUCAUUUUCUCACUUACGAAAAUUCUCAAAAUUUCUCAAUCUAAUUGUAUUUGAUUGAAAUGGCGACUAGAAAUCGUACAAUACUGUUCCGAAAGCAUAGAGAUGCAAUCAAAGCAGUUCGAACUCCAGAUUCAUCGUUAAUGACUGGUGGACACAGAGGUGGAGUUGGCGGUCCCGUCAUUGAAAUGACUUCACUCCUUAAUUCUAACGCAUCUUCUUCUUCCUAUACUCCUCUCAGCACCAACGAUCCCUCUACAUCCAGGGAUGCAUUGACAGAUGGCCUACCACCAGCAUGGGUGGACAUUGCAGAAGAAAUAACAGCAAAUAUACAGCGUGCUCGAAUCAAAAUGGCAGAGCUGGUGAAGGCUCAUUCAAAGGCUUUAAUGCCAUCCUUUGGGGAUGGGAGAGAUGAUCAGCGUCGGAUUGAGGGUCUUACCCUAGAGAUUACUGAUAUAUUGAGGAGAUCAGAGAAAAGGUUGAAAGAUCUGUCACUACGUGGUCCUUCAGAGGAUUCUGGUGUUCGUAAAAAUGUACAGCGUUCCCUUGCUACAGAUCUUCAGAACCUUUCUGUAGAACUUCGUAAGAAACAGUCAACAUAUCUAAAACGGCUUAGGCAACAGAAGGAGGGGUCUGAUGACAUUGACGUGGAAAUGAAUUUAAAUGGAAGCAUGUCAAAAGUUGAGAACGAAUAUAGCGACGUGGGUUUUGACAAUUAUCAAGUGGCUGAGUUCAAGAAAAGUGAACAUUUAACAGCAGAAAGAGAGAGAGAGAUUAACCAGGUUGUGCAGUCUGUGAAUGAACUUGCUCAGAUCAUGAAAGAUCUAUCAGUUCUUGUGAUUGACCAGGGCACCAUAGUUGAUCGGAUAGACUACAACAUCCAGAACGUUGCUGCAUCAGUUGAAGAGGGCUUUAAACAGCUUCAGAAAGCUGAGAGAUCGCAAAGGCAAGGAGGCAUGGUACGGUGUGCAACAAUUCUCAUCGUGAUGUGCUUUGUUAUGUUGGUGCUUCUCAUCCUCAAGGAGAUACUAUUCUAGCAAAUAUGCACUUUUCCCACACUUAUAAUAUGGCGACCAAACUGAUAUUCAGGUCGAAUGAAAUCGAGAAAUAUAUAUGUUGCAAGUACUUCUGGAAUUCGGGACUUGAGCCACGUGAACAAAUGCUUAUUUUCUGUGUCCCGGUGCUCCCCUCAUUAUCGUUUGUUAUCCGUGAUUAAUUGCUCUAGUUGUGAAAAUUUUGUACUAUAUCAAACUGGGAACCAACUCCCCAUUGUUUAUGAUAUUGAAUAUUGAUCUGACAUGAGUUACUGGGAGUAAAUUGCUUUAUUUGAAGAGUCAUUGUUUUUAUGUCAGAAACUGUGACUCUGAGUGUACUAUACAAGUGCAAAUUUUUUGUUCACUUUAAUAUUUAACUUCUCAUGAAUCUUUUUUUUUUAUAAAAUUCAGUUUGAGGGUC